CCGGUCCGGUGUUGCCUGAGCCGGACAGUCGGGGCUCGGUACCAGCGUCCUCUCAGGAACCGGCUUAAAAAGUUCGACUCGGCAAGCAAUUACGUCACUUCCGGGGGCAUUUAGAGUUGUGUCAUUAAACUAGCAGCGUUGAACCGCGGAGAACCGAACCCGGAGGCUGAGAGAUGAGCUGGGAUCAGCUGCAGCUGAAGCCGCGGAUCAUCUCCGCUGUGCGGAAAGCUCAACUAAAGUCUGUUAGGGAGGUUCUGUGUUCGUCUGGGCCGGACCUCCAGAAUAUGACCGGAUUGUCCCCAUCAGAUCUCCAGGAGCUGCUCCAUGCUGCUGCCACAGCCUGCAGACCUCACCAGCCAGUCACAGCCCUUCAGCUCCAGCGAGGUGAGUGUCCCAGGUUAGAGUCUGGACUCCGGCUCAGUACGGGCUGUCCGGUUCUGAACCAGCUGCUGAGGGGCGGUCUGCCAGUAGGGGGAGUCACUGAGCUGUCAGGAGAGAGCGGAGCCGGGAAGACGCAGCUUGGUCUGCAGCUGUGCCUGUCGGUGCAGUAUCCAGUUGAACAUGGAGGCCUGGGCGCUGGAGCGUUAUAUAUCUGCACCGAGGAUCAGUUUCCAAUCAAGCGCCUUCAGCAGCUGAUCUCAGAGCAGUCUGUUCUGCGCUCUGACGUCCCUCCAUCUCUGAUCAGCAGCCUUCGCUUCAGUGACAACGUCUAUAUUGAACACACGGCUGACCUGGACUCCUUGCAGGUGUGUCUUUCACGCCGUGCCCCCCUCCUACUGGCUCAGGGUCGGGUCCGGCUCAUUGUGGUUGAUUCAGUGGCAGCUCUGUUCAGGUGUGAGUUCCAGGCAGAUGAUUGGCUAGAGAGAAACAAACAGCUGCUCAGCUUUUCCUCCAUGUUGCACAAACUCAGCCAGGACUUCACUACACCUGUACUCUGUAUCAACCAG